AUGUGGCAUGAAAACAUCACUAAUGUCACUGAAUUCAUCCUUGUGGGCUUUCCGACUACAAUCUGGCUGCAGAUCCUGCUCUUCAUUCUUUUUCUUGGAACCUAUCUAUUUGUAUUGAUGGAGAAUCUGGUCAUUAUCCUCACUGUGUGGACCAAUGGCUCCCUCCAUAAGCCUAUGUACUACUUUCUAGGUAGCAUGUCCUUCCUGGAGAUAUGGUACAUUUCUGUCACAGUCCCCAAAAUGUUGACCGGCUUUCUUCUUCACCCUAAUACCAUCUUGUUCUUGAGCUGCAUGACUCAACUGUACUUCUUCCUUUCACUUGCCUGCACAGAGUGUGUACUCCUGGCCGCCAUGGCAUAUGAUCGUUAUGUUGCAAUCUGUCAACCACUCCACUACCCAAUCAUCAUGACCAUAGAGCUCUGUAUCCAGCUGACUGCCACCUCCUGGGUAUGUGGCUUUUCCAUUGGUAUAGUCAAGGUCUAUUACAUAUCACAUGUCCUCUUCUGUGGUAACAAUGUGUUAAACCACUUUUUUUGUGAUGUUUCUCCCAUCCUGAAGUUGGCCUGCAAGAACAUUUCCAUGGCCGAGAUGGUGGACUUUGCCUUAGCCAUUGUGAUCCUUGUAUUCCCUUUCUCAGCCACUGUUCUUUCCUAUGGUUUCAUUAUCUCCACUGUCCUAAACAUCCCCUCAGCUGCUGGACAGAGGAAAGCCUUCUCUACCUGUGCUUCACACCUGACCGUGGUAAUAAUAUUUUACAUGGCUGUAAUCUUCAUGUAUGUUCGGCCUCGGGCUAUUGCCUCCUUCAAUUUCAACAAGCUGAUCUCAGCUGUAUAUGCAGUCUUCACACCAAUGUUGAAUCCUAUUAUCUACUGCCUGAGGAACCAAGAAGUCAAAGAUGCCAUCAGAAAGACCCUAAGCAGUGGCUAG